AUGCCUAGACAUGUGCGUCAUCUGGACAAAGACCUCCAACCUUCGACGGGGGAAGAAGUAUGUUCACGACAACGAACUACAACUAUUUACAGAUGCCAUUCUGCAAGGCUGGGGAGCGACCUUGGGCGAGACCCCAACCCAGGGUCGCUGGUUUUGCAGAAAGACCUUCUGCCAAUCAGUGUCUUGGAACUCAGGGCUGUCCAGCAGGCUCUUCUGUAUGUCAGCAACGAAGUGAAGAACCGACACAUAUUAGUGCGGACAGACAACACAUCAGCCAAUAUGUACAUAAACCACCAGGGGGGUUCCAGGUCGUCCUCCCUCCACAAGGAAUCCUUCAUCACUCUCCUGGGCAGAGAAGAAUUUGACCUCACUCCAGGUCGAGCAUAUCAGAGGCCUGGACAAUACCAAAGCGGAUUGGCUCAGCAGGCAGAUGAUCCACCUGGGAGAAUGGAUGCUGAACAAGAAAACCUUCAACUGGAUGUUACAGCAUUUCAAGGCACCAAUAGUGGACCUGUUCGCCUCUCAACAAAACCAUCAACUACCCAGAUUCUUCUCCAGGUUUCACCACAACAGGGCCGAAGCCACGGAUGCUCUCUUGGCCCAAGGGUUUCCUUGUGCAAAGAUCCACCAUACAAAGUUGAAGAAUCUGGGUAUGCUGGUUUUAUUUUGCCAAUAGAGGUUUACUUCAAGAACAAGGAAGAACCGAAGAAAGUCCGCUUUGACUAUGACCUAUUCCUACAUUUGGAAGGCCACCCACCUGUAAACCAUCUCCGCUGUGAAAAGCUUACUUUCAACAACCCCACGGAAGAGUUCAGAAGAAAGCUACUGAGAGCAGGAGGGAUCAUGGUAAUGUCAGAUGGUACAUCAGCUGCUUCAGGGCAGAGUCUUCAUCUCCCUAACCUUCCUAGUAACUCCCUGUCUUUUUCUGAAGUGAAGAAGAAAUCAUCUCAUGGGCCAAAGGACCCAACUAAGAGUAUAAGCACUAGCAGCAGUGGUAGUAGUAACAGUUUUUCGAAGCCCCACAAAUUAACAAAGGAGCACAAGGAGAAACCUUCUAAAGACUCAAAAGAACAUAAAAGUGCCUUCAAAGAACCUUCCAGGGAACAUAACAAAUCUUCCAAAGAAUCCUCUAAGAAACCCAAAGAAAACAAACCACUAAAGGAUGAAAAAAUAGUUCCUAAGAUGGCCUUCAAGGAACCCAAACCUAUGUCAAAGGAGCCAAAAUCUGAAAAUAACAUCCUUACCAUAACAGGUGGACAGCAGCAAGAAAAGAAGGUCCCUACAAAAAGGCCUCCUGGUAUGGAUUCCGAGGAUCUUGUGUCCAAAAAGAGGAAAAAAAGUGGCUCAGAAACUUUAUUUAAAAGUUUUUCUAGUGCUCCGCCACUGAUACUCACUUGUUCUGCUGCUGACAAAAAACAAGUAAGGGAUAAAUCUCAGUUUAAGAUUGGGAAAGUCAAAAUGGAAAGUGAGACACUGGAGAAGAAGAAGACCACUUUGCCGCCAUUUGAUGACAUUGUGGACCCUAAUGAUUCCGAUAUGGAAGAGAACAUGUCCUCGAAAUCUGAAUCUGAACAGCCUAGUCCUGCCAGUUCAAGCUCCAGCUCCAGCUCCAGUUUUACACCUUCUCAGAACAGUCGGCAACAAGGUCCUCUGAGGUCUAUAAUGAAAGAUCUGCAUUCUGAUGAUAAUGAAGAUGAAUCUGAUGAAGCAGAUGAGAAUGACAACGACUCUGAGAUCGAGAGACCUGUAAAUACUCAUGGAGGAAGCAGGGGACGCAGGGUUAGUCUAAGUGACGGCAGUGACAGUGACAGCAGUUCAGCAUCUUCACCGCUGCGUCAUGAGCCACCACCAUUACUAAAAACCAAUAGCAACCAGAUUCUAGAAGUAAAGAGUCCUGUAAAACAGAGUAAAUCUGAUAAACAGAUAAAGAAUGGCGAUUGUGAUAAGGCAUAUCUUGAUGAAUUAGUGGAGCUCCACAGAAGGUUAAUGACGCUAAGGGAAAGACAUGUACUACAACAGAUUGUAAACCUCAUAGAAGAAACAGGACAUUUUCAUAUCACAAACACAACCUUUGACUUUGACCUUUGUUCACUGGACAAAACUACAGUUAGAAAAUUACAGAGUUACCUGGAAACGUCUGGGGCAUCCUGAGGACACAACUUGUGGCUGCAUCAAAAUACUGUGAUCCUUUUCUUUUUAAAAAAAGAAAUAAAACAUUCAGAGUGAUGCAACCAAAAUGGCAAAAACAAAAAAAAAUCAGCCAACUCUCUUCAGCUUUAUUUUUUUGUUAAAGCCAGUCAUCAUCUCUUAAUAAAGGAGAAGAAAAGUGACAAGCCUCAGAGGAUUGAUCUUCUCACCAAGGAAAUGCUCUGGAAGAGUUAGCCUGGAUAGCCUUGAAAAAAAAAACACUUAAUGAAUGUGUAUGGUAUCAUGUAUCUCUCUCUGUGGUUUUCCAGGCCACAAGACGAAUGCAUGUUCAACACACUGCCUUAUUACAUAACUGAUCUAUUUAUUAUUGCAUACGUAUAUUCUAAAGUCCUUGAGGGAAUGACACUACCAGAUGUUACAAGUCCUCGUGUACCGCUUACGAUCCUUUGGUGCAAUGAGCCACCACCGUCACAAGCCUUCUGACCUUACUCUCCUUUCAAUGCCACUUUUUUCUGACUCUUUUACUAUUCACUAAAAAACAAACAAACGAAAAGUACGGUCUUGUUUCCCACUUCCAGUCUCCAGAAACAAGAUACAGACAGAGGGAGCAGGCCAAAAGUGGCCUGAUUUUUUUUCUCACUUUUUUUAUUACACUCUAUCUGCUGCAGCAGAAUGGGUCCCCAGGCUGUAAUCAUGUAUUGAUCAUGGACCAUGGUAGAAAAUGCACCAAAUAGGAUCAUGACUUGCUUUUCUAGCCUUAGUCAAUAAACCAUUAGGACUUUUUAUUAAAGAGAAGUGUUACUGUCUGCUGUCCUGAACCCACCAUUGUGUUUGCCAUCAACAUCUUUGUGUCUGUUUCUUUCUUUUUUUUAUGUUACAUUAGAUAUCUACAGAAGUGAAGGCACUCAAGAGGACUGCCAUUAACACAGGGACACCAGUCCAGUUUUCUGUGGGAUUGUUGUAGAAAACCUUAAUUUGGAGGCAUUUAUUGCUAAAGCAUUCCAGCACUCAGCUGCCAGGAAUAUGCAGUCCAGUCUUUUGUUACAAAGGGGAGGGGGCAUUUUUUUCCCUUUGAUCCUACAACAUACGUUCUGUUUAGAUUUUGAUUCCAGCUCUUUUCUGUCUGCUAAAUGAAAACUCCCC